AAGGUUAUUCCAUGCACGUUCUUUAUAAAGAGAUGCUACACUUUCAGCAUGCAUGUAGUCAAACGAUUGCAUUACAAAGUAGAAGAAGAACUUUUUGAGAAGAGAGAUGGCCAGUUGUAUGACAGAAUCAUUUAAAGUGCACAGUUGUGCCCACAAAAGAAUCCACGACAAGAAUGACUUCGAAGUGGAGCCCACAGAGAAGCAGAGAAUUACAAUGCUCUCUGACAAGCCCGUCAGGAAAUCCAACAAAGAGAACAGUAUGUGUAAUGUGACAAUUAAGACUAAAGAAAGUCAUAGUGAGAACCACAAAAAACAUGAGAAAAAGGCCCCCAAACAAGAAAAAGCAAAACAUGAAUUCUUGGACAAACUCUACGAAAUGAUGAUAAAAGAUGGGUUUAUGAAGGCUCGUGACCGCAGUGAAAAAGUAGUGGAAUUCUCCUAUCCUGAAGAACUAAAGCAGAAAAUUGACUUUGAUCUUGGAAGCAAGACAUCUGAUGAAAAAAUACUUAGCCUGUGCCAAGACAUCAUCAAGUACAGCGUGAAAGUUGCCCAUCCCCGAUUUUUUAACCAGUUGUAUGGAGGACUUGACGAGUACAGUUUGGGAGGAUGUUGGUUGACGGAGACGAUGAAUGCCAGCCUGUACACCUACGAAGUGUCCCCCGUGUUCUCCCUGAUGGAGAGAGUAGUCAUCGACAAAAUGCUCGGCAAAAUCGGAUUUGAGGAUGGAGAUGCCAUGUUCUGCCCUGGUGGUUCUAUUUCCAACAUGUAUGCACUCAACAUUGCCAGAUAUUUUAAAUACCCAGAAGUCAAAAAGAAGGGGAUCAAAGGCAUUCCCGACAUAUGUGCCUUCACCUCUGAAAAGUGCCACUAUUCUAUAGGCAAAGGUGUGGCUUUUAUGGGAAUGGGCCUUGACAAUCUCAUCAAUGUCAAGACUGAUGCUAAUGGAAAGAUGAUUCCAGAAGACUUGGAAAAGAAAAUCUUGGAGGCCAAAGCUGAGGGCAAGACCCCAUACUUUGUCAAUGCCACUGCUGGAACAACUGUUUUUGGAGCAUUUGAUCCCAUCGAUGAAAUUGCUGAUAUUUGCCAGAAAUACAAUCUGUGGAUGCAUGUUGAUGGUGCCUGGGGUGGUGGCGCCCUCCUGUCCAAGACCUACAGUCCCCUUUUGAAGGGAGUGGAAAGGGCCGACUCCAUGACUUGGAACCCCCAUAAACUCAUGGGUGUUCCCCAGCAGUGCUCGCUCGUCUUUACCAAACACAAGGGUUUGCUCGAGCAGUGCCACUCUGCCAAUGCCUCGUACCUGUUCCAACAGGACAAGUUUUACGAUGUCUCUUACGAUACCGGCGACAAGUCCAUUCAGUGUGGCCGCAAGAAUGACGUCCUGAAGCUGUGGAUCAUGUGGAAGAACAAGGGAGAUGAAGGCUUUGAGAGAGACAUUGACAAUCAGUUUGAAUGUGCCAAAUACCUGGCCCAGCUCGUCCAGGAGAGGGAGGGAUUCGAGCUUAUGCUGGAGCCUCAGUGCACCAACGUGUGUUUCUACUAUAUCCCCAAGAGACUACGUGGUCUAGAGAGAACUCCAGAGUGGUGGAAUGAAAUCUCCAAGGUGGGGCCAAAGGUCAAGGAGGGAAUGAUGAAGGCAGGCUCCAUGAUGGUCGGUUACCAGCCUGAUGGUGACUUUGUUAAUUUCUUCAGGAUGAUCAUCUCAAAUUUGGACACUGUGAAAAGUGACAUGGAUUUCGUUGUUGAUGAAAUUGAUAGGCUAGGAAAAGAUCUCUAAGAAUAGUGUUCAAAUACCAAAACAGUCUUUCAUCCGUUUUAAGUCAAUUAUUAUGAGACAAUUUGCUAAAACGAACAAGUGAUUACAUUGAAUUCGUCCUUUUAUCUGUUUUAUAGGCGUUCAUUAGUACAUGUAUUACAAGACAUUUUGUUGAAAUGAAGAGGCAAUUACAUUGAAUUUCUUCACCAAUCAUCCCUCAUAUUUAUUUCUUGUGUUUCACUGAUUUGUAUAUUUAUUUCGUCUCCUGUUCAGAUCUAUGUAUAUAUUGUUGAUAUUCUGUACAUGCAAACUGUUCUUAAGAGUUGUUACUGUUAUGAAUUAGAAAACUGAAAAAAGACAUUAAAAAAAAAAAAAUAGUGAAAAAUGCAUUGGAAAAAAUUGAGAAAAGAAUAAAAAAUAUUCCUUAAAA